ACAAGCAGACAUGGAGGCAGAGAUUUAGCAGGACCAAACAAGGUGUAUUUUACUAAAUGUUUGAACCUUUUUCCAGUUUCUAAAUGUGUUGAUCCUGAACGAGAAGAAGGUCUGCCAUGUGCGACGUGUACAGAGUCUCCUCCUCUGUCAGAGUGGAGCAGGUGGAGGCAGAGCUGUCGCAGCAACUCUCAGCACUCAGGGCAGAAAUAGAGGAGAAUGGAUUUCCACUCAGAGCUGGCAUCUCCAAAUCAUACAGCUCUGUUCCACCUCCAAAAGAUAUUUCCUUCUUCCGUGUGGAGAGGGAACAUGCGCUGAGGAGAGGGCUUCAGGUGGCUGAAGCUUUGCCAGUUCAGUCUCAGGCUGAUGUGAUGCAGAGAGAGCUGGAGAGUUGUUUGAGUCUGGAGUACACACCUGACAGUCUGCCUCCUCUCCUGCACCAGUUUUAUACGGACAGAUCAUAUCACUUGGCUCAGAUCAAAUAUCUGCUCAUGCUGAGAUGGAGGAGAUUUUGCCGCCACACCAGCGUAAUUGAGAAGCUUUAUCCUCAUUACAAGGAUCAGGUGUCAUAUCUGACGAGUGAGUACGAGGAUGCUGUCCAGAGAUCUCGCAGGCUGUCGGCGAGCAGAGAGAAGAUCCUGACCGGUCGAGGAAACCUCACUAACCUGCUCACUCAGGACGAUGUGGUCAUUUACCUCCGGUGGCUGGUCUGUCAUCUGCACUCUGUUCAGACCAUCCACAACUUCCUCAGGGUGCUGCACUAUAUACCAGCCUGUGAAAGGAAAGAUAAAGAAAAGGAGGAGAAAACUUUACAUCAGACUCAACCUGCUGAUGGUGAGAACCAAACCAACACUGAUCUGUCAGGGAGUUUCAGGACAAGCAGAAAAUGUCCCCUGCACUCUGCUCACCUGGAGGAGUUUCUACCUGAGCUGCAGUCAUUAAUCACCUACUUCCAUCUGUCAUAUGACACCAGGAAGCUCAGGACCACUGCAGAUGAGAUGGAGUUGUUCAGCAUGGUGUGGAGGGAGUUCAGAUCAAUCUUCAGACAACAGGAGCAGAUGAAAACAUUUCCUCAGUACGAUGGCACAGAGGUCAAAGAGAGCCAGUGGGGGAGGAAGAGCGCGAGCAUGGCUCUGAGGAAGGAGGCCAACUGGAUCCCUUUCAUUCAGGUGAAACCCAGGCGGGAUCCAUGGCAGCAGAAGCUCAUUACAAAGCUGAAGGAAAAAAAAUCUGUGGACGAGCUGCUGAGGAUGCACUGCAGCUUUCUUCAGGUCCCUGAUCUUCUCUACGUCGCAGCGGCUCUUAAAGACCACACCGCUCAUGUUGGUGAUUCUCACUCCUCUCCGACCUCAUCUGUCUCACACAGCAGUAAGACAAAGCGACAAAAGAUCUCCGAGAUCUGGACGAGAAACACAGAGUCAUUCAUCCACAUCCAGAGACAGAGGGAGCAACGACAGAAGGAGUUUGAAGAGUCCGAGGUCAGCAAACGAAAGGUGUGUAUUAUCUAUGCAAAGAAGAUUGCAACAAUAUGA